UGAAGUCAGAAUGGUCCGGGGUUUCUCUAAUUCACCGUCCAUGGAAGGAAAAGUGAAAGCAAUUAUCUUUUCCCUCUUCCUCCAAGUCAUUUGCCUCUCAGGCGGUUCUGCAAAACCACUUCAGUACCAAAACCUGGUAUUGGGGACUCUUCCGGGACCUCCUACCCACAACCGCGAUCUCUCAUGGACCGAAUCUUCAAUCUUGUCCCAACUUGAAACCGCUGAAACAAGCAUUGAAACCACCCUAACUGUACGCUUAGAACACAGAGACGCUCUAGCCUUCAAUGCAACACCAGAAGCCCUCUUUCAGCUGAGGUUAGAGAGGGAUGUGACUAGGGUUGAAACCCUGUCAACCAUGGCAGCUGGCUCGAGAAAUGCCACCCGCGUUCACUCAAAGAACUCCUCCUUCAGCAGCUCUAUCAUUUCCGGACUCUCUCAAGGGAGCGGAGAGUACUUCACGCGGUUAGGUAUAGGUACCCCUCCCAAGUACCUCUACAUGGUGCUUGACACUGGCAGCGACAUCGUUUGGAUCCAAUGUGCACCUUGCCGUAAAUGUUAUACCCAAUCCGAUCCCAUCUUCGAUCCCAAGAAAUCUGGUUCUUUUGCUGUUGUACCCUGUUCCUCGCCGCUCUGCCGGAGACUUGAUAUGUCGGGUUGCAGUCAGCAGCGGUUGUGCCUCUACCAGGUCUCCUACGGCGACGGGUCCUUCACUGUCGGCGAUUUCUCGACGGAGACACUAACCUUUAGAGGGACUAAGGUGGGAAAUGUAGCGCUCGGAUGCGGCCACGAUAACGAAGGUCUGUUCGUCGGUGCUGCCGGUUUGCUUGGCCUUGGUCGAGGGAGAAUGUCUUUCCCUUCUCAGACUGGGCGUCGCUUCGGUCGGAAGUUUUCGUAUUGUCUGGUGGAUCGCCAGUCGUCCGGGUCGAAACUCUCGUCAGCUGUUUUCGGCGAAUCGUCCGUGCCAAGAUCGGCUGUCUUCACGCCUCUGCUUACGAAUCCCAAACUCGACACGUUCUACUACAUCGAGCUCACCGGAAUCAGCGUCGGUGGUGUGCCGGUGCCGGGGAUAACGGCUUCCAUGUUCAGGCUUGACGCGACUGGGAACGGUGGUGUUAUCAUCGAUUCGGGCACGUCCGUGACUCGGUUAACUCGCCCAGCUUACAUAGCGCUCCGUGACGCAUUCCUAGCCGGAGCACAAUUGAAGCGUGCGCCUGGGUUCUCGAUGUUCGACACGUGUUAUGACCUGUCUGGGAAAUCGGUGGUAAAAGUGCCAACGGUGGUGAUACAUUUCGGGGGUGGAGCUAAUCUGGCAUUGCCGGCGGCGAAUUAUCUGAUACCGGUAGAUACUAACGGUACUUUCUGCUUUGCUUUCGCGGGGACGACCAGUGGGUUGUCGAUUAUAGGAAAUAUACAGCAACAAGGUUUCCGGGUUGUGUUCGAUGGUGCCGGAUCGCGGAUCGGGUUCUCUCCAAACGGGUGCGCGUGAUGUGGGGACAAAGGAGA